AGCUGUUUCCUAUAUGACUAAUGAGCCGAGAUGUUUGUCCUUUUGUUAGUAGGACGUCAUGUGGACCCGAGAGUGAAGCGUCUCUACUUUGUGUUUGUCUUUUGAAGAAUAGACUGUUUAAAACUUAAAUUUAAUUGUUAUAGAAAGCUUGGGGAUGUUUAUUUGGUCAUUUUCAUCCCUCUGCUGUGUUUUAUUUCUGAAAGUUUGAGCGACGACAAGACAGAAAAUGGACGAUGGAAGCAAACAAACACACACAUUUGGGAGCGGACAACAAAGAACUCAACAUCCCAGACCUUUUUUCUACGUCCAGCCACCGUCUCAACCUUAUUACCAACCUUUGUUCCAGCACUGGCAGCUGAACCACCCGUACAGUCAUUAUGGUUUGCCUGGAGGUUUUAACUUUGGUCGUCCUUGCAUGCACCCGUACCAGUACAUGCAGUACCCUGGGUUUGUUUUCCCACAUGCCCCGUUAUAUCCGAUGGAUCACAGGCGAAUGUUUGAACCUCGCUUCCACAGUCCCACCUGGAUUGACGUUCCUCGCCAGCAGUAUCACCCACAGCCUCCCAGCCGUCGAGAAAUGGCCUGCUCGGAGGCUCAAACCGACCCCAGCGACGCCAUCACCAAGCUCAUCGAAUGCCUGGAUAAGAUUCGAGGCGGCGAGCUGCAGGGCGCAGAGAGGGAGCUGGACUCUGGCGUCGCCUCGCAGUCCUCUGGGAUGUUCUCUCCAGGUGAAGAGAAGAAAGGUGAAGAGCUAGGUCAUGUCCUGCCUUCGGUGUCUGACGGCAGCCAUGUGGAGUCUCCAGCUGUGAUCUUCAGUGACUCCACGACGGCGGUGUACGACGGUGACUCCAGCCAAAGGAGCUUGGAUGGCCUGAGCCCUCAGGGAUGCUGGUCAGGCGGAUUGGAAGAGGAGUUGCCCCUCGAUAGCUCCUCUAUUCAUGAGGAGUGUUCGGAGCUCGUUCAGCCUGCAACAGAUGAAUGCUUCCUCCCUCUGGAGAAAGCAGAAGUCACGGAUAUCCAGUCAGAUAUCUCCGUGACUAAUCCCAGAUGUGCUGAAGAGCUCCUGAAGCAAAGACUGGAUCCAAUCCCGGCUUCGACACCAUCACUGCUGGCGCACAAAGAUGCCAAAGGUGGCGACAAAGCCUCAAAAACAGAACAUCAGAAAGCUGAUCGAAACUACCAGAUCCUCAAGCUGCCCUUUGAGAGCGUUUUAACGCCUGGAGAUGCCGGAGCCGGCCACCUCUCCUCCCCUGCUGCCCCAUACUACUACAACUACCUGUCCAUGCACACCACCCACGAGCGGAUGAGCGUCCUCAGUCCAUCUCUAGACGAGCUUUCCUCCAGAGACGAAAUGUUCUCCACGGAUCUGGACGAUGCGGAUCUCUUCCCCAAACAUGUGUACGCGGGCAGGAGGCUUGCAGAGGUUGCAAGCGGGUCACCAAAAGCCGCCGAAGAAGUGAAGGACGUUUGGCUGCCAGGUUCGAAGAGGUUUAUGUGCGCCUGUUGCGGGAAAAGCCUCCCAAAAGGGGCGAGCAGGAGCAAAGUCCACAGCUCCAAGAUGUAUAGGGAUGAAGCCGGAGACUCUGAGGACGACAGCAGAUAUGGAAGAGGGUGCGAGCAGCCUGUCAGAGUGGUUGUGAGGAAGCAUUCGGCACCCAGGAGGCCUCAUUCUGUCCCGCUGAGACAUUCUGCAAAACCUUGGUAUAAAAGAGGCCAAUACAAAGAUCCCUCCGAUCCAGUGAACCAAGAGGAAGGUCAUGAUCUGUGUAAGCAGGAGCCAGAAGAUGGUGACGUUGGAGAGUUGACGAGCAGUGAGCUGCAGUGCAGAACAUGUCAGGACAGACUCUGCAAGGAAGACGUGACCGUGUCGGACCAAGGCAGGUGGGGAGACGCCGUUGUGAUUCCCAGGAGGAGACCACCAACUUCUCUGCAAAGACAAGAGAUGAGUACUCAGAGGAAAUUGAUGUACCACAGGCCAAGAGAUGAGGACAACGAUGACGACGAGCCGCCACCAUUACACUGGGAGAGAGGCUCUACGAUGAGAGGAGAACCAAGAUGUUGAAAGUGUGUUAAACUGCCCCCCGCCCCCUAAAAAAAGGUGUAACUGUUCCAGGAUAGUUAAUAUUUAGAGCACCAGGUGAAAUGCACUGCACGGUGUCUUUUUGUUGGAUAAAAGUUAAAAAAAA